CCGAGAGCGAGAAAGCGGGAAAACGGAUGUCGUCUGCAACUUUCUAACCCCGUCUCAUGUCCCUCCCCCUCUCCUGUCUCGCAAGACGACUGCUCAGCUCGCACUCCAUUCGAAGAAGUCCUCUUCCGCUUGCUAGACUAUCGUUCAGAACUUCCCUCUUCGCUUCGACACCGGUAACAGCAAGGAUGGCGCAGCCGGGCAUCGAGGGACAAGUAGGCUUUCCCUCGUUUUCCACCGUCAACUUCUAUGCGGGCAACGAGCUGAAUCGGCUCUCGUGGCUCCGAAACGAUUCGUCUUUCCUCAACACGGCGAUCAAGUCGUCGAACACGCGCUUCAUUCUCCUCCAGAACCUCAACCCGCUCGUGCAUGCCGACGGCAGCGAGCGUGACGGCCUCCUGGCCACGUUGUCCUGGGACGAAGUCAGAGAAACGAUCCUCGACAGUGUCGCCAUGGCCCGUGGACAGGCAAAGGGAAGCAAGAGCGCACAGGAGGCAGAGCCCGAUGUAUUUGGGCCGCAAACGUACGGCAUGGACGCACCCCUCGAGGCAUUUGGCCACAAGGAAAAGACGUUUGGAAAAGCCGUCGAGGGACUCGGUCCCUGGAACCUCGCACUCGUCUUCCUGGGCGUCGAUGAAGGACACCUGGCGCAGGAUUCACUCCCCGGUCAGCAACAGCAACAGCAGCAAGGGGGCGAAAGCGGCGCGCCGGCGGGAACGCCAUAUUUUGCGCUCUCGCUCACCUUUACACCCCCCGGAUACGAGGGCGAGGAGCUUCCGACUCACAAGCUUGAAAAGAAGCUCGUCGACGAGGGCCGAUACGACUUCACUGACACAAGGGCACUGGCACAGGCUGGACAGUGGGAGCUCAAAGACGCCGCAGUUGUGGCGCAGGCCCGGAGCUUGAUCGACUGGAACGAGAGGCAGCAUUUCUGCCCUUCGUGCAGCAGGAGACAGUACAGCCUUUGGGCAGGCUGGAAGCGGGGGUGUGCAUCAGCUCUGGAAGAAGCGGGAGAAGAGAGCGGCUUUGUCAAGCCACUGCUUUCGCAAGACUUGUCCUUCAAGGAAGACGGAAAGGGCGAAUGCCCCACGACGAGGCUUCUCAGCAACUUCUGUUACCCGAGGACCGACCCCACAGUCAUCAUGGCCAUCGUCUCGCCGGACGGGGAGAAGAUCCUGCUGGGACGCCAGCGCAAGUGGCCACCUGGCUUUUAUUCUUGCCUUGCCGGCUUCCUCGAGCCGGGAGAGAGCCUCGAAGAGGCGGUGCGUCGCGAAAUUCACGAAGAGAGCGGCGUAAAAGUGGGCAAGGUUACCUAUCACUCUAGCCAGCCUUGGCCCUUCCCCGCCAACUUGAUGAUGGGCGCCAUUGGCCAGGCAGUUGAAGGAAAGGACGAAAUCAGGCUCGACUUGGACAAUGAGCUGGAGCAUGCCAAAUUCUUCGACCGGACCGAAGUCCUGGCGGCUAUCGAGGCCUCAUCCAACUGGACGAUUAGCAAGAGGGACCUUUCCAAAUUCGACGUAAACGCGGCAGCAGAGGAAGAGCGCAAGGCCAAAGAAAAACAGCAGCACUUAGGUAGAAAGUGGGACGAGAAGGAUUCGGGAAGCGUGGCAAACGUGACCGACCGAGGGCGGUCUCCCAGCCCCUUUGGAAGGAGGCCAAGGAGGUCAGCGUUCAAGAUUCCUGGUCCGACGGCCAUCGCUCAUGUCCUCAUUGCCGCGUGGGCCCGUGGCGAAGCUCACUUUUCCCCAUCGGAAUCCCCAGAGUCCCUGCGGACAAAGAUGUAGCUAGAGGAAAUGCCACAAAUUCUCGACCUUGGAUCAGCCUAAUGAAGCACGGCUCCUCUUUCUUCCUUUGUUGUUGUCCUCCGCUGAGUGGCUUGA